UUUGUCGUUGUUUCCAGUCGGACUCUGUUUCUCGGCGCUCCUCCAUGUGUUUUCUCCGCUGGUGUGUUUCUCUAGUGUGAGCGUUGUGUUUGUGUUCGGGGUUUUAUCCGGUAAAGUCACGUUUUUAACGGACAUGUCAGGUGGCGGGAGUCUCGCGGGCGGCGGGAGUUCUUUGUUCUCCGGGUUCCGGGUUCUGGGACUCUAUUCGAACCACGUGCCGCACGCGCUCCGGUACCACAAGAAGCACCGGGAGUUUUACGUGGUGACGGCGGUCGGUAAAUGUUUCCACACAUACAAUGUGAACAGGUUGGGGAUCGUUUCCGUCAGUAACAGCAUAUCGGACGACAUCACCUGCGUUGCAGCAGAUAGGAUGUUGAUGUUCGCCGCAGCUGGACGAGUUAUCAGCGCCUUCGCCAGGAACAAAGAGGUGGUGAUGCGUUACCAUGGACACAAACAGGAAGUACGUCUGCUGCUCCCUCUGGGUGAUCAGCUGAUCUCUGCUGACAGCGGUGGUGAUGUCAUCGUAUGGGAUGUCCAGGAAGGAGAUGUCUACCUGAGGCUGCAGUUUGACCCCGCCUCCUUUAAUGUGUCCGCCAUGAUGCACCCAAGCACCUACCUGAACAAGGUUCUGUUGGGGAGCUCCCAGGGUGCACUGCAGCUGUGGAACAUCAAGACGAGUAAGUUGUUGUUCACGUUCCCGGGUUGGUCAGCAGGGGUCACUGUUCUGCAGCAGAGUCCUGCUGUGGACGUGGUUGGUGUCGGCAUGGCAACAGGUCGCAUUGUCAUUCACAACAUUCGGUUGGACGAGACGCUGAUGAGCUUCACUCAGGACUGGGGACCAAUCAGCUCGCUUGCUUUCAGAACAGAUGGUCCUCCCAUCAUGGCUUCUGGCAGCCCUCAGGGCCACAUUGCAUUCUGGGAUCUGGAGCGCCGUCAGCUGGUCACUCAACAGAGACACGCCCACAGCACAGCCAUUGCCGGUGCAACCUUCCUGCACGGGGAACCACUAUUGGUCACCAACGGAGCAGACAACGCCAUCAAGGUGUGGAUAUUUGACCAGGAGGGGGGUGGAGCCAGGUUACUACGGAGUCGCCAGGGCCACAGUGCUCCGCCCACCACUAUCUGUCACCAUGGCAACGAUGGAAAAAACCUCCUGAGUGCUGGUCAGGACGGGACGCUGCAGUCUUUCUCCACCGUCCACGAGCGUUUCAACAAGAACCUCGGUCACGGUUCCAUCAACAAGAAAAAGGAGCAGAAGAAGAAGAAGGGUCUGUCGUACGAGGAGUUGCGUCUUCCUGCGAUCACAGCGUUCUCCUCUGCUGCUGCUCGUCAGUCAGACUGGGACGGCAUUGUCUCCUGUCAUCGUGGUCGCCUAGCAACCACCACAUGGAACUAUCAGCGGUGCACCAUGGGAGCUUAUCAUCUUCAGCCGCCCGACACUCCCAGGAAUGCCAUCGCUACGGCUGUCAGCAUCACUUCCUGUGGAAACUUUGCUGUGAUUGGCUCAUCGUGCGGCCGGGUUGACGUCUAUAAUCUGCAGUCUGGCAUGCACCGUGGUUGCUAUGGAGACAAUGCCAAAGCUCACAGCGGGGUGGUGCGGGGCGUCGCCACAGAUACCCUGAACCAGCUGACAUUAACCUCAGGCUCUGAUUGGCUGCUCAAAUUCUGGCGCUUCAAGAGCAGGAAACAGGAAGAGCAGCUGAAGCUAAACGCUGCACCAGCUAGCAUGCUGCUACACAGAGACAGCGGGAUGUUAGCAUUAGCACUGGAUGACUUCACACUGCUGGUGGUUGAUAUAGAAACCAGACGGGUUGUCAGGAAGUUUUCAGGUCACCAUGGAAACAUCAACGAUAUGACUUUCAGCCCUGAUGGCCGCUGGCUAGUUACCGUGGCGAUGGACUGCACCAUUCGUACCUGGGACCUCCCCUCUGGAUGUCUCGUCGACUGUUUCCUGGUUGCCAUGGCACCAGUGGGUGUGUCCUUGUCACCGACCGGAGACUUUCUGGCGACGGCUCAUGUUGACAGUCUUGGCGUGUACCUCUGGACCAAUAAGAGUCUGUGUGGGCCUGUGGGGCUCCGACCCCUCCCAGCUGACUACCAACCAGCUGUUGAGACGUUGCCAGGAGUGAUGGCUGAUCAAUCUGAACAGGAAGUGACAUCAGAGGAGAUGGAUGAUGCGUACCAGUCAGCUGAACAGUUGGGGGCGGAGCUUGUGACUCUGUCUCUGCUGCCAGAGUCUCGGUGGAAAAGUCUGCUUCACCUGGACAUCAUCAAGAAGAGGAACAAACCUGUAGCGCCCCCUGCUGCUCCGCCUGCUGCUCCCUUCUUCCUGCCAACACUUCCUGGUCUCACACCUCAAUUCUUGUCGCCAACAGCAACCGAACAGGAAGCUCAGUCGAAGGUGCUGAGUUGGGGGGUGUUGCCUCAGAGGUCAGAGGUCAUCUCUGCUCUGGCGUCGUCUCUACAGUCCGGCUCGUUCGAUCGCCCGUUGAGUCUCCUGAAGGAUUGUGGGCCGGCAGCGCUCUCUGUCGAGCUCACCUCUCUGACAUCAGAAGGGGGCGGAGACAGCAGUCUCCUACUUGCCUUUAUAAAAAUGAUUGACAGCAUGUUGGUCACUGGGCGGGACUUUGACCUGGCUCAUGCCUACCUGGCGCUCUUCCUGAAGCUCCAUCUUCGCUCGCUGUCUCAGGACCCUGUUGCCAUGGAAGCGUUACUCCGCGUCUCCUCCCGGCUGGAGGCAGGUUGGGCGGAGCUACAGGCAUCCUUUGACCAAUCACUGUGUCUGCUGUCGUACACCAAGAGUGCACUGCUGUGACACUGACACACACACACACACACACACACACACACACACACACACACACACUCACACUCUCACACUCUCUCAGUGUUUUGUAUUAAAAGUUUUUGAUUCUUUGAGUUUUUUUAUUUU